UUCAUGGAGAAUCAUACGAGGAUUAGAUCGACUUGAAUGGGACAAGUUUGAGGACAAGUGGUCAACACUUGAAGUCGGCUUUUUCGGCAAAGAGUCUCUUGGGAGCACUUCAAAGCCAGUGGGAUGCAAAAUAGUACUUUUGCGGUUGGAUUGCAAAUGCUAUUCAUCUGUCUCUUCAUAUGCUGAACUCUUUUAAAGUAAGGAACAAUAUAAGCGCAAUAAGGAGCGACUGAAGAAUAUCUAAUCGAAGAAACAUGCAUUGGUUGCCGAUGCUUUGGAGCCCCUUCUGCAACAUGGACUUUCAACAACUAAAAAGGACUUCUUGACACGUACUGGGAAAUUGUUGAACGUACAUAUCCUAACUAAUACCCCAAUCAUUUGACUUCAACACAAGCCGACAACUGUCUAAAUCGUCAAAUGCACCUGGAUGUGGUCAUUUCCAAGGCUCGGUUUAAGAUCCCUCUCGUACAUACGAAGAUGUGUACAUACGAGUAGGACGAGUGGAUUCCAGAGACGCCGCCAGAAUGUACCGUUCGAACAUCAGUUGGAGCAACAAAAAGAAAUCCGUCUUGUGGAAGGUGGGAUGGCGCUAAAAGUAAAAAUCUCGUCCCUCUUCAGGCCAGUUGAGAUCAGUGAUCAAGUGGCCAAAGACAACCAUACAACGAAGAAGAACUUCUGCUAACACGAAUUUCCAGAGAGAUUUGAAAGUUGUUUUCCCCCCUUUUUUCUUUUUUCGUCAGUUCCUUCCUUCGCUUGUUUUUAUCUACUGUCUGACGAAAAACAAUAAUGCUCAACUUCACGAGUCAACAACAUCUCUGAUCAGUUGGUUAGUUCCUCCACUUCUUGAUCGAGAUUUUUGUCGUGCCAAAUUCGGACAUUGUCGUGUAUAAUGCAGUGAAGUUUGAAGUGCAUUUUUGUUCUUAACAGAUAACUAGGAUAUGUCCUAAGGGAAUCACGCACGAUGUUGAUCCCGAGGUUGCUGAGCUUUGUUUGGGCUUCCUUGAGCUUGGGCUUGUGCCCCACGAUGGCCUUGAAGGUUCAGCCCCACCUCCAGUUUGUCCCGGCCAGUUUGGGGGACUUUCCCGAGUGUCACAUCUACGGACGCACCUACUGUCUGGACAUCCCCGGAUAUCCCAUGGACCUCAUCGAGUAUCUCCUGCGUCACAACAUGUUCAACCUGACCACCGUAUUCUUAAAUGAGGGUGAUCCAAGUCAUGAGGCCGUCGAUUUGGCAGAAUUGCUGCAGAGGGCUGAUGUUGAACGUAUUGAUCGUGUGGAAGAGAACACUUCCUACUCAACUACCCGUCGUCACCAAGUUACAACCACCGCCAUCACGCUCCCAAAAACCACGGCUGCUACAACAACAACAACAACAACAACAACAACAACUACUACUACUACUACUACUACUACUCUAUCUUCAACCACCGAGAAAUCUGCUGCGGUUCAAUCACCAAUGGAUGUUCGCACCAUUGAGAAAAGUGACGACAGUAUCCAGGAUUAUGCAGAUUAUUACUAUGACCAUCCAAGCCCCUUGGACACUUUCGACGGUGGAAGCGGCGAAGAUGCCGAUGAGAUUGGCAAAGACAACGAUGGUCUGUCAUUGAUCUCCCAUCAACGGCUGAAAUUGAACUCGCUCAAGGAACGAGUGGAGAAUCUCAUCUACCGGCAGAUGGAUAAGAGCGCAGAGCCUGAGCCUCAGGAGAUUGAGGAAACACCAGACAACAACAACAUCAACAGCAACCGAAAGUGGAGAAAGAACCCAGACCUCCUUGCUUCUAAGAGCUCCACAUAUUAUCAAAACUAUCUGGCCAAAAAGGUCCAGCGCGAAUUGGAGAACUUGAAUACCCCAAACCACCAGGACCAGCAAGUGCCCGUCUCAAGAAAUCCUGGGUCCCAGCAGACCUUAUUUCGCACUGGAGGCCACGAAGAAUCCGCUCUGUCUCUCGAGGAUUUAGACGUGAAUGCCCUGUUUGGAAAUGGAGAUAAACUGGACUCUCAAAUCACACCAAGAGAGAUACAUGCCAAAGACGACGAUUCAUCGGAACUGCGCGAGAGUGUCAUGAACCAAAUCCUCGAUGUGGAUCAGAUAGAGUUUGGAUCUCGGACAGUGCCUUUAAGUGAGCCUGCUUAUUCCGACGAAAAUGCUGCCAUUGAUUACGGUCUAGACUAUGGAGAUGUUUCUGCCGGAGACGAUGUCCGCUUGACCGAGUUUCUCUUCCGGCCGAACGUGAGCAGUAAUAGCGACCAAAGAGCUAUCACUGCCACCGUCAUAGAAAUUAGAAGCUCUGUUAGCGAUAGCUCGGAACUGCAGUCUGCUUUAGAUGCUCUAGAGUCCCGAGAGGAAUCCUACCAUCUAGAUGAAAGCCUGGAGGAUCCAUUGCAAGAUAUAGAAGACGUCGUUCCCAAUGCCAAUCGUCGGAUCGAUGUGGGAGAGGUGGAUUUCCAAGACCCAGAUAUCCGAUACACUUCUUCGGACCGAAUCCGCCUUCAUUUGCCUCAGCACGAACCAAGAUCAGGCAAGACACAAAUUAAACCGCGGGUAAUGAUCAGAAAACCGUUAAAUGCUCGCCAACCCGUUUUUCACCAACAAGGUCAAUACCCUCAAGAACCUAGGCAAACUGUUCAGAAGCCUCACGAGACCAAGAGACCCAGAUAUCGUAGGCCCACUACCAGAACUAAUGUCAAAGAUCGGGCAGAGAAGGCAAACCCUGCGCCGGUAUUGAGACAAAGAGUACCCUUGCAAUCCUUAGUCUCCAGCAACCCCACUCCCCUUCCUCAGAUUUUAAUUCCCGAUGUUCCCCCAUCCAAUUCAAAUGUACCGCAAAAGCAAUCGCAUGAUCCACCAACAAGAAUAGUGUAUCAAGAUUUCAACUCUCCUACCUCGUCUCCGCCUAAUUUCCCGGUUCUUUCACUGACGAGCUUGCCUCCGGAUUUCUUUGAGCUAAAGCCAAUGCGAUCUGCUUCCAAUCUUAUGCCCCUGAGAGGAGUACCAACGGGAAGCAAUCUCAAUGCCACUACAGCAAAUACUCCCAUUGAAACCACCACGGACAGCCCCACCACAAUUGGUCCUCCAAGCUCGUCAGUUGUAAACCCCUUCCUUCGUAAGGUGAAAACUACCGGACAACCCCAUUUUGAGGGGGUGAAUGAAGCGCCAGAGACAGUGUCCACCGUUUCCUCGGCACCUAAAGAAACUACUUUGAGGCCAGCACGACCCCACCUGCCGCCUCAUGUCCUCCAAUUGGGGUUACUGUCCAGAAAGCCAGACUUCAAUUCACCACUCGAGUCACAAGGCAGAGUGAGGGUUCCCAGCAGAGCACGCCCUACCCCUUAUCAGCCCAAUUUCAGUGACCAGUUGCCAGCCAACCGCCGUAAUGAUGAUGAGGCUAGUGAACCCCCAUUCAAAGGACCUUUCAACGUCCGAGAACCACCCCAACUGGGAGUGCGACCAUUCGACCCAAGGGAUGAAAAUCGUAGAGUGCCACAAACUACCUACGACCCCAAUCUGGACGAGGCUGUUUACGUCACUGAGCCCUCAGUUAGAUCCCAGCCUCCUUCCACUAACUUGGGGACACGUCGCAAAUAUGCAGCAGCAAGACCUCGCAGACCUAGACCCAGGGUGGCAGGAAAACGGUUGCCAAAACCGUAUUCAGGGCCCUUCGCUUGGAUUGUACAGGCUUUUGCCCCGGCUCGAACUCCAAGGGUCGCCCAAGCCCGACGUGAGGGUCGCUCUCGAAAGCUUGAGACCGCCAAGAAACGCGCCACUUGUCCAACCCGAAAGCUAUUCAUCCGACCGCGCGUGGCGUUCAGCGUUAAAGGUCAAUGGAUGUACAUUGUGAACCUUCCGCGAGGUCCAGCGCAUCAACGGAUUCUCUCGGAAGAAUGUUUGACUGAUCAUUGUCAAGGUGGUUGCGCCAAGGAAAGAAGCCAUAGAAAUGAAUCCUUGUGCGAAUUGCAAUUCGUCCAAAAGAGACUGGUUGCUCUGGCUGUGGAUGGGAAACGGCUGAUCUCCGAAUUGUUUUGGAUUCCGUCUACUUGCAAAUGUCAGACCUCCGAAAUUCAAUGGUGACAAGUAUUUAUCAUCUUUUUUGCCAGCCGAGCUUUGCAACUAUUAGUAUUCAUAUAAUUAAUUAUAAAUGUAGCCUAUUGUUUCAAACCAUCGUGUAUUUCGUCAUUUCAAACUCAUGCCAGCUAUCAUCAUUUUAACACGUCCGUAGAUAAUGCUCCCGUCCAAAGGUACAGUGUAGUAGUAUGGUAGGAAUAACUUACGUCCUUUUAGUUUUUGUACGUUCACUUUUGAGGGUGCUUUCUUGACAGUUUGACCCGCUACAAUCGAAAAUGAUAAAGAUAAAACAACCGCUAGAACUUCUUUGACGAACAUAGUAAAUUACAACACCAG